UGCAAGUACUGGGCCUUCCACGAGGCGGUUACCCCAAGCCGCACUCGCUCGCGGACCAGGCUAGCGUCCUGCAACCAUGAAGGCCGGUGGCCCACUGUGGGCCGCGCUGCUGCUGCUGCUGCUGCCUCUGUUGCUGCUGCAGAACGCGCCGGUCGCCGGCGCCGCCAACAUCCUGGCCCCGGUCUGGUUCGUCUCGCCCAGCCACUUCGUCAUGCUGGGCCGGCUCUUCUCGGAGCUGGCCGCCAGGGGCCACAACGUCACCGUGCUGAGCCACUUCCCGCGGCAGGCGCACCAGCCCAACUACACCGACAUCAGCAUCGCCGGCAGUUUGCCCUCUUACGCCGACAAGCUGACUAUGGACCUUGUGGAGAUGGUGUCCGGCCCGUUUGGGCUCCUGUACAACUGGCACUUCUGUAUGGACGCUUGCCGCACCGUCUACGAACACCCAGAAGUGGAGAAGCUGGUCCACUCGCAAGACCACUACGACCUGGUGAUCGCGGAGAUCUUCUACGUCGACUGCAUGGCCGUGUUCGCGCACAAGUUCCGCGCUCCUCUUGUUGGCAUCGUUACUAGCAUGGCCUUUCCAACCGCCUACGACAGGAUGGGAAACCCAGACCAUCCCGCCUACAUGGACUCGUACUUCUCUCCCAACUCGGCGCCCUUCACCUUCUGGCAGAGGGUGAAAAACUCGUUCCUGCACGUCGCGGCCCGCUUCUGCGACUGGUGGUUCUCAGAGCGAGGGAUGGACCAGCUGCUGGGCGAGGUGUUCGGCGAUGCGGUGCCCCCGAUCAGGGACAUAGUGCGCAACACGAGCCUGCUGCUCGUCAACAGCCACUGGAGCGCCGGCCACCCUAUGCCCACGGUGCCGGGCCUCGUCGAGGUGGGCGGCCUGCACGUCAAGGAGCCGAGGCCUCUGCCACAGGAGCUGCAGCAGUUCCUGGACGGCAGCCCGCAGGGCGUGGUGUACUUCAGCCUGGGCACCAUGGUGCGGCCAGACACGUUCGCGCCGGAGAAGCUCCAGGCGCUGCUGGACGUCUUCGCCGAGCUGCCGCAGAGGGUGCUCUGGAAGGUGGACCCCGCCAAGGUGCCGCGCCUGCCGCCCAACGUGAUGGCCAGCAAGUGGAUGCCGCAGAACGACGUCCUCAACCACCCGAACGUGCGCGUCUUCAUCACGCACUCCGGCCUGAUGGGCACCCAGGAGGCGGUGGCGGCGGGCGUGCCCAUGCUCGCCAUGCCCAUGUUCGGCGACCAGUUCCUCAACGCGGACCGCGUCGUGGCCGGCGGCAGCGGCCUCAAGCUGCUCUACCGAGACCUCAGCCGAGGGACGCUGGCCGCCGCCCUCAACCAGCUGCUCAACGACCCGAGAUAUUACGAGCGCGCCAAGCAGCUGUCUCGGCUGUUCCGGGACCGCCCCCGGCCGCCGCUGGAGGAGGCGGUCUACUGGGUGGAGUACGUCAUCAGGCACCAGGGGGCGCCGCACCUGAGGUCCGCCGCGCUGGACCUGGCCUGGUACCAGUACCUGCUGCUAGACGUCGCUGCCUUCGUGGUGGCCACGCUGGUCGCCGUGCUGCUCGUACUGUACCUCGUCAUUCGAAAAAUAUCCUCCUGCUUCGUGGGGACCUCUCGCCCCGUGCCGAAGGGGAAGAAGAGGAACUGAGACGAUCCACACCACAAGCCACGAUAACAGUUAAAUGUGCCAUCCACAGUCGCAUCUUCGAGGAGGCUGUAUUUGGGACUGAUGUAGAUAGAAGAUCGGCCAAAAAGAACUGUGCUAAUUUAUUUGAACCAGUUGCCGAUGACAUUCUGGAGCACCGCCAAUAAUAUUAUGAGAUUGCCUGUAAAAUACUUGGUGCUAGCGUGUGACAGUGGGUCUAACAUCUCACAGUGCAGAUGGACUGACUUACUAUUCCCGCGCACUCUGGUAUUAAAACACUUUCACGAGUAGAACAAAUAAAGCGUACUUACAGUAAGAGUCGUAUGUGUCGGUCAGAUACAGCGCCACUUGCACUGAAAUGA